AUGGCGGCACCCAGUGAUAGCAGUAGCAGGAGAUCGAUUGUUCCGUACAAGCAGGCAGCAGAUGAGGUUUUAGGUCACCAUACAGAAGUUGUUGUCAACAAAUUUGAAGAUCAUCUUUUUGUCAUUGUUACCCAGUACAUGAAAAUAGGCACUGUGGUAGAAGUCAGAAGAGAGUUGAUCAGUGAUGAGGUGCAAGGUGAUAUUCCUGAGUUUUCAACUAAAGUUCUGCUUGGAAAAGAUGAGCCAAUCACACAUGUUGUGGCUAAAAAAAUUGUUACAGAGAUAAACCCACCCAUUCCAGUGAUUCUCACCCUUGCCCUGAAGGACACCAGCCUAGAAACAGCGGAAGCCGUGAUCAGACUGAUUAAGUUAUGCUUGUGA